AUGAGCCCCCCGGACAGCCGCCGCUCGGAGCCCAGCAGGCCGCGAGCCGCCGCCAUGGCCACGCCGCUGCCCGGCCGCUCGGGGCCGGCCACGCCGCUGUCGCCCACGCGCCUGUCGCGGCUGCAGGAGAAGGAGGAGCUGCGCGAGCUCAACGAUCGCCUGGCGCACUACAUCGACCGCGUCCGCGCGCUCGAGCUGGAGAACGACCGGCUGCUCGUCAAGAUCUCGGAGCGCGAGGAGGUGACCACGCGCGAGGUGAGCGGCAUCAAGAGUCUGUACGAGGCGGAGCUGGCAGAUGCCCGCCGGGUGCUGGACGAGACGGCCCGGGAGCGUGCCCGGCUGCAGAUUGACGUGGGCAAGCUGAGAGCCGAGCUGGAUGAGGCCAGCAAAAACUCCAAGAAGCGGGAGGGUGAACUGACGGUGGCGCAGGGCCGCGUGAAAGACCUGGAGACCCUGUUUCACCGCAGCGAGGCCGAGCUGGCCGCUGCACUCAGCGACAAGCGCAGCCUGGAGAGCGAAGUGGCUGAGCUGCGAGCUCAGCUGGCCAAGGCGGAGGACGGCCACGCCGUGGCUAAGCAGCAGCUGGAGAAGGAGACGCUGAUGCGCGUGGACCUGGAGAACCGCUGCCAGAGCCUGCAGGAGGAGCUGGACUUCCGCCGCAGCGUCUUCGAGGAGGAGGUGCGAGAGACACGUCGGCGUCAUGAGCGGCGCAUGGUGGAGGUGGACAGCAGCCGGCAGCAGGAGUAUGACUUCAAGGUGGCGCAGGCCCUGGAGGAGUUGCGGGGCCAGCACGAGGAGCAAGUGAGGCUGUACCGGCAGGAGCUGGAGCAGACCUACCAGGCCAAGCUGGAACAAGCCAAGCUGAGUUCCGACCAGAACGACAAGGCGGCCAGCGCGGCCCGAGAGGAGCUGAAGGAAGCGCGUAUGCGGCUCGAGUCGCUCGGCUACCAGCUCUCCAGCGUGCAGAAGCAGGCUAGUGCCUUUGAGGAGCGGAUCCGUGAGCUGGAGGCGGCCAUGGCUAGCGAGCGAGACAAGUUCCGGAAAAUGCUGGACGCCAAGGAGCUGGAGAUGAUGGAGAUGCGCGACAUGAUGCAGAAGCAGCUAGCUGAGUACCAGGAGCUGCUGGACGUGAAGCUGGCCUUGGACAUGGAGAUCAAUGCUUACCGCAAGCUCCUGGAGGGCGAGGAGGAGAGGCUGAAACUGUCCCCGAGCCCGUCGUCGCGGGUCACCAUCUCGCGAGCCACCUCCAGCAGCAGUGGCUCGGUGGCCACAGGGCGCGGGGGCCGGGGCAAACGGAAGCGGCUGGAAGUGGAGACUGAGACUGCGGUGGGUUCCGGAGGCCCCAGUUUGACCACCAGCAGCAGCAGCGCCAGCCACACCAGCUUUCAGGUGGCCCAGCAGGCCUCGGCGACUGGCAGCAUCAGCAUCGAUGAGCUCGACUUGGAUGGCCGCUUUGUGCGGCUCAAGAACAGCUCGGAUCAGGACCAAUCGCUGGGCAACUGGAGGAUCCGGCGGCAGGGGGCAGCAGGCGAGGAGAUCGCCUACAAGUUCACCCCCAAGUACGUCCUGCGGGCCGGCCAGACCGUCACGGUUUGGGCAGCUGGUGCGGGGGUGACCCACAGCCCCCCGUCCACUUUGGUGUGGAAGAGCCAGAACAGCUGGGGUACAGGCGAGAGCUUCCGGACUGUCCUGGUCAAUGCUGACGGGGAGGAAGUGGCCCUGCGCACAGUGAAGCAGAGUUCAGCAGUGAUGCCCGAGGCUGAGAACGGGGAGGAAGAAGAGGAGGGAGCCGAGUUUGGGGAGGAGGACCUCUUCCACCAGCAGGGGGACCCCAGGACCACCUCUCGAGGCUGCCGUGUGAUGUAAACUGGCGCCCCUGCGCCCAGCCUCCAGAGCCGCCCACGACUGUUUCUCUACCGUUGGCGCCUCUGGACCCCGAUUCAUUUCUAGAGAAUUUUUAAGCAAACUGCCAGAUGUGGGGGUGGGUCUCUGGAUCAUUCUUCCUGGGCGGAUUCCUGCACCCUGCAUCCAUCACCACGGCCGAGAUUCGCUCUCUGGUGUCUGGUGCCCUGUUUUGUGAGAGGCUUGACACCUGAAGCUAAAAGGGGACGGUGGGUAGUGAUGGGUGGGAUGGGGGCAGCUCCAAGGCCCUGAGAUGGACAGAGCAAACAAGCGAGGGUUAGGGUCCUUAGUAGCUUCUUUUUUAAGCUUUUUAAAAACCAAACUCAAAUCCAGGUUCUCCAGAGCCGGGGGCGUUCACAGUGGGGGGGGGGGCACACCUCACCCCAUUGCAUUUUGGUGGCUCAGCCUACUGGAGUCAGAAACAAGGUUUCAGACCCCUUGGGAAUUCCUGGCCUUGUCCGUGGUAUCUGGGUACCCUGAGACAAACUUCCAUGUCUCUUUCCACCUUCUAGAAGUUUCAGCAAGGACAGGGCACCGGGUCUGGCACAGGAUGGACAUGUGAGAGUUGCCCAGAAGCACUGCGCCAUGGCACCCCCAUAUCUCCCACAGCAGUGGCUACCUCCAGGGAGGAAAGAAAAGCCUGGCUGUUGGGGAGCACAGCACUCCCUGUUUUCCCACCGUGCCUUGCAUCGGGGCCCAGAACCUGCCUCUCCAAGCGCCCCAAAUUCACACAGCUCAGUGUCACCGUGGCUGGAUAUCCAGGGGGGUGCCCCCUCUCCCACACCCCCAUGUUAGCUCACCGUUUACACCCCUCCCCACCGAGAUACACAGAAGUUAUUUUUUUAACGGAUAUUUAUUUUUUUACAUGGGUCAGUACAGAGAUGGGUGGGGGCCCACUUUGGGGUACCCCAUGCUGACUCCCACACAGUCUCCCCAGGGGGCUGUGUUGGUGGGUCAGACUGACCCCCCACUUCCAAUGGCAAACUCACUUCAGAAAGUGCAGCUUGAGUCUUAGCUAUGCUAUUACUGAGCCAGGUGGCAGCAGCCAGCACCGUCCUGGUGGUCCUAGUGGGACACCCCACACAUACAAUGUCUCCCUCUCCUGGUUUGGUUUUUGGUUUUGAUGAGGGUCAAAGGCUCAUCCCAGGCAGGAAGGGGCCAAUGGCGAUGAAACAAAAUGCUGCAUUUCAAACCUUUCACACUCCAGUGCUGGGCCCUUGGUGAUCUGAUAUUCCCAGAUGCAGGGGCUGCUGUAACCCCCAUCCUACAGAGGGGAAAGUCACCAAAGCAAGGUCUAGAGGUGCAAACAAGCAUCUGAGAGGCUUUUUGGGGCGCUGA